UAGUGAAAGGAUAAACUCUAUAACUUACGGGUAUGCCUUGAGGUACCAUUGUGUCUCUUGAAUCUUUGACCGCUUGGUCGCGGUAGACAACUAGCAUUUGAAGGAUGCCAACUUUGCCAAAUAACAAGAAGGUUAAUAGUCCUCAUUCGUUGGAAGCUAGGGUGAGAACCACGUUCGCGACUACUCGGACAGAAAGCGCCAAACUCGUCGAGGAAGUUGAUGCCCAUAUCAAUUCGGCACAGGCCACCCUGGCCCGUAUAAAGGAGCAGCACGAAACAAAUCGCUCUGACUUGUCAGCGCGACUCCAGGCCGAUGAAGAGAAGAUUUAUGCGUUAUGUGCAGCGUACUCUCCGUUGUUCGAUGAUGUCGUUCACCAGCGCAUACAACGUGUAGAUACGAUGAAGGCCAUAGCCCAUGCAUCGGACGUGGAAACGCGUAAAUCACGAAAGAGGCUGAUGGAGAAGGCAAAGACAAGCCUUGAUGAUGCACGAGAAAAACACAAGCUCGCUAUGGAUGCCUCCGGACUCGUAAAAUAUUACAAAGCACUUGUCCUUGCGUUGUGAACAUGGUUAUCCAACGCUUUUCGCUUACAUUUUCAGUUUGUGUUCCCUCUUCGCAAUUCGCACAUGUUUGUGUCAUUGCCUUGCAU